AUGGACGUCCGGAUUGCCCUUCAUGGUACCCCCUUUUACAGAAGCGAUGCGGCGCCAUCUACCCUUGCCAGCCAUACUCUCAAGAAAGACUACCGAGAAACAACGAACCAUAUCAUGUGGCAAUUCAUUACCCUUCAAUUCGUCGCUUGUGUCAACCAGUACGCCGCAUACCUAGAAGAGCGCAACUUCCACCAGCGAGAAGAGCAUCUUCACGCGCGAUGA